AUGGAAUUUUUAAUUGGAAUCAUAUGCAUUGUACUAGUUACUGGUGGUUCCGGCCAGGCUCCUUCGGUAGAGUCAACUGCACCUACGGUGGCUGCUCCCACUGUGUUUAGUUCUAAUGUCCCAGUACCGGCUCCGGAUUCUACGCCGUUAAAUUCUCCAAAGCUGGUGAUUUUGCCACCAGCUGCUUCCGUUCCUACUCCAUUGUCUGUUCCGGUGAUCAUGCCGCCGACAGUUUCGACUGCAGCUCCAUUGUCCGAACCAAUAAGCUUACCGCCCACUGUUUCUACUCCUGCUCUUGUACCGGUGAGCCAUCCACCAGUUGAUUCCACUCUGGUUCCAGCCUUCACACCAGUGAACCAUCCACCUUCUGUUUCCACUUCUGCACCAGUGAGCCAUCCACCAACUGUUUUUACACAAGCUCCACUUCAAGCGCCCGUCGGCUCCCCCCUGACGACAGUUCCUGUCCAUUCUCCAAUCUCAUCACCACAAGCUGAAUCUUCACCAUCUCCGGCUCCAAGAAAAAACCACAAUGCACCUUCACCGGCUCCAAUUUCUUCACCACCCACCCAUACUCCGGCUCCAAGAAAGAAGAAGGGCAAGAAGCACCAUUCACCUUCACCAUCUCCAGCUCCGGCUCCAGCACCAAAGCCGCUUGGUUCAUCCGAAUCUCCCGGACCUAGCCCUGAAUCCAAUUCUCCUAGUCCUACUUCAGAUGAUGACGAGAAUGGAGCAAUGAAAUUGAUGAACGUCCAACAUCUGGUGGGAAGUUUGGCAUUGGGAGGGGCAUUGUUUGGCUUGUUGUUGUUCUUCUUCUAA